CCUCCUGAGGUGGGAUCCGCACCGCAGGACUCAACAGUUCAACUCUGGACGAGCGGAGAGGAGGCACAGGCUCCUUCCGAAGAUGUGAAGACAAACACCGCGUUACAGCGUCGCGACUCCCAGCUAGCUCGGUUCUACGGCUUUUUUCCCCCCCUCGGAGAAAUAAUUUCUAGUGAAUGCAGUUUGCAGCAGUACUACACUUUUUUAAAAAAUAUAUUAUUUUUUUUAAAUCUUUUGCAUUUGUGAGCUUUCGCUAUGGCAGUUCAGUCCACAUCCGGGCCACAAUGCCUUGACUCCAUUAUUGUCUAAAACUGGCGGAGAGGUUGAUAAACCUUGUCUUUUUUUUUUUACACUUAACGUCACAUUUUUAUUAUUACGUGCAGUAAAGGCUGGACCCAAGAGGAGAUGUCUAACCAAGGAGUUCGGCGGAAUGGCCCUGUGAAGCUGCGACUAACAGUCCUUUGUGCCAAAAACCUGGUGAAGAAGGACUUCUUCCGCCUCCCUGAUCCCUUCGCUAAGGUAGUUGUGGACGGUUCAGGGCAAUGCCACUCUACAGACACUGUGAGGAACACACUUGACCCAAAGUGGAAUCAACACUAUGACCUAUACAUUGGAAAAUCAGAUUCCAUCACUAUCAGUGUGUGGAACCACAAGAAGAUUCACAAGAAGCAAGGGGCUGGCUUCCUGGGCUGUGUCCGCCUUUUGUCCAACGCUAUCAACCGCCUUAAAGACACCGGCUGUAAGUACCAGCGACUAGACUUGAACAAGCUGAGUCCCAAUGACAGUGACACAGUCAGAGGCCAGAUAGUGGUGAGCUUGCAGUCUAGGGACCGGAUAGGCACAGGAGGCCCUGUGGUGGACUGCAGUCGGCUGUUUGACAAUGAUCUUCCAGAUGGCUGGGAGGAGAGGAGGACCGCGUCUGGACGAAUCCAGUACUUGAACCACAUCACACGCACCACACAGUGGGAGAGGCCUACCAGACCCGCAUCAGAGUAUUCCAGCCCCGGCCGGCCUCUCAGCUGCAUCGUGGAUGAGAAUACGCCCAUCAGCACGAACGGCGCCACACCCACCACAGUAUUGCCGCCGAGCGAUGGUGGUGACCAGCGGGCCCAAGAGAGACGCGUCCGCUCCCAGAGACACCGCAACUACAUGAGCAGAACCCACCUGCACACGCCCCCAGACCUCCCUGAGGGAUAUGAGCAGAGGACCACGCAGCAAGGCCAAGUGUACUUCCUCCACACUCAGACAGGUGUCAGCACGUGGCACGACCCCAGAGUACCCAGAGAUCUGAGUAAUGUGAACUGUGAGGAACUGGGUCCUCUCCCUCCUGGAUGGGAGAUACGGAACACAGCCACUGGGAGGGUUUACUUUGUUGACCACAACAAUCGAACCACGCAGUUCACAGACCCACGCCUCUCCGCCAAUCUGCAUCUAGUCCUAAAUCCAAGCCCCAAUGGUUCUCGAGGAGGCAUCGAGAGUCAGAAUGUCAGUCGUCAGAACCAGUUGAAGGAUCAGGCCCAGCAGGCUCUGGUGUCCCCUGGUCAGCUCCCAGAGGAGGCAGAGUGCCUCACAGUGCCCAAAUACAAGAGAGACCUUGUUCAAAAGCUCAAGAUUCUCCGCCAAGAACUGUCCCAGCAGCAGCCUCAGGCUGGCCACUGCCGCAUAGAGGUGUCCCGUGAGGAGAUCUUUGAGGAAUCGUAUCGACAAGUGAUGAAGAUGAGGCCGAAGGACCUGUGGAAAAGGCUAAUGGUGAAGUUCAGAGGAGAAGAGGGGCUGGACUAUGGAGGAGUGGCCAGAGAGUGGCUCUAUCUGCUGUCGCACGAGAUGCUGAACCCAUACUAUGGCUUGUUCCAGUACUCCCGCGAUGACAUCUACACCCUGCAGAUUAAUCCAGACUCUGCUGUCAACCCUGAGCACUUGUCAUACUUUCACUUCGUGGGCCGUAUCAUGGGGAUGGCAGUGUUCCACGGCCACUACAUAGAUGGAGGCUUUACCUUACCCUUCUACAAACAGCUGCUGGGUAAACCCAUCACCCUGGACGACAUGGAGUCUGUAGACCCCGACCUGCACAACAGCCUCGUCUGGAUCCUGGACAAUGACAUCACAGGUGUGCUGGACCACACCUUCUGCGUAGAACACAACGCCUACGGAGAGAUCAUUCAGCAUGAGCUCAAGCCCAAUGGCAAGAGCAUCCCCGUCACCCAGGACACCAAGAAAGAAUACGUCCGGCUCUAUGUCAACUGGCGUUUCCUGCGAGGCAUUGAGGCCCAGUUCCUGGCUCUGCAGAAGGGCUUCAAUGAGGUCAUCCCCCAACACCUGCUCAAGGCUUUCGAUGAGAAGGAGCUUGAGCUGAUUGUAUGUGGCCUGGGUAAAAUCGACAUCAAUGACUGGAAGUCCAACACGCGGCUCAAACAUUGCACUCCAGACAGCAACAUAGUUAAAUGGUUUUGGAAAGCUGUGGAGUCCUUCGACGAGGAGCGCAGAGCCCGGCUGCUGCAGUUUGUCACUGGCUCUUCCAGGGUUCCCCUGCAAGGCUUCAAAGCCCUCCAAGGUGCUGCUGGCCCACGCCUCUUUACCAUCCACCAGAUUGAUGCCAGCACCAACAACUUGCCCAAAGCCCACACAUGUUUCAAUCGGAUUGACAUUCCUCCCUACGAGCACUACGACAAACUGUACGACAAGCUGCUCACUGCCAUUGAGGAGACGUGUGGUUUUGCCGUGGAGUGAGUCACUGGUGCAGCCAGAGCUCAGCAACAACCAGAAGCAACAUGGUUUGACCAUGAUCAGCCCCCCCCUCCUUUUUUUUUUUUUACAAAUCAAUCCACUCAGAUAGAGGGUGGGUGGGUGUGGGGGGGAAAGGGCAUCCAAGGUUGCUUCACCCAGGGACGCCUAAACUUCCCCGGAAACAUGUGGCCAAGCUAAAGGAAGGUGUGCAAAGAAGACCAGAAAAUAUCAUCUAACUUUGGGGGCGUUUUUUUUUUUUUUUUUUUUUUUUUUUAUUAGACCCUCCAGCCCUUCUUUGUCUUUUUUUAUCAUUGAAAAGGAUCUCUUCAGCUGCUAAUAACUCAGACUAUUUACUAACUUGUGGAACCUGCAGAAUUUGCCGGCUCUUCCCUUUUUUUUCUAAGAUCAUUUUAGCAUUUUAAAAAAUAGACUGUAUUCCAUGUAGCAAUGCUCCCUCUCACCAAGCCGAACACAGUCAGCCCCCCACUCUGAAACAAUACCCUGCAUUAAUGAGACCGGUUUGUUUACUAGAGCACGGGGUUUAUUAACGGUUGCCACAACCACUUGGAAACACUAAAUUUGGACACAGAGUGUGCAUGACUCAGGCUGAUUGGUGCCUCAGAGUGAUCACAUUGAAGCUAUCAGUAACGCCAAGGCUGGAAAAAACCCGGGGAUGUGUGCGGAUGAGAAGGCAAGACUAGAGACUGAAUUAGGCUGAGCCCGACUGUUUACAACCCUCUCCAAAGACCGCAGCGGGGGAUCUCCGCUCCCAAGUCGCUGCCAAACAUCUAGCGUUGCAUUCCCAACACACGUAUUUCACACGUUUGACAGCUAAGUUUUGUUUAAAAAAAAAAAAAAAAGAAUAAAUGAAUGAAUAGCUUGAAAUGUGUUAUUUUUAUAUAACAGGGAAAACUGAAAAAGAAUCAAUAAAAUUCUAUAUAAUAUAUAUAAUUUAUUGCUGUUUCAGAUAUUUCAGAAACCCCUUUCCAUUGUUUCAGAAAAAUAAAACCUUUUAAUGUUAAGUGUUGCUGUUUUAAAUUAUAGAAGACAAUUUGUGAAAAAAACAGAAUUUAAGCUUGACUGAAUUUCAAUUAAGAAUGCUGUAGUUUAUUUCUUGGCAUCACCUCUUAUACUGUGCAAGGAGAGGGAUAUCUUUAAGGGCAAAAAAAAAUAAUCUUAAACACAUAAUGUCCUCUGAGUGCCAUAAUCUUUUUUUUUUUAAUGAAUGAAUGAAUGAAUCUUUGCAAGUAUUGAGCGGACCCUUUAAAUUCUACUGAUUUCAUCCUGGAGCUACAUACGGUGAUGUAACAUUUCCCCGUCUAUUACCAAUUUUAUAGCAGUUUGUCAUUUGUAGCUGGGCUAUAUUUAUGUCACAAGCAUGAAAGCUACCACGAAUUUCUAAUGUUCUGUUCAGAAUCCAAGAGUCCAAAGUCCGUCAUGAUCUACUUUGUGAUGCCUCCAUAUUGUUGUUGGAGGUGGGAGAGAAAAGAAAAGAAGAAAAACCUCUACUACCUUCUAGCCAUGUGGUGCUAAAAAAAAAGCAUUAACGUUUGUCUUAUAUUGGCAACCUUUACUCAUUGACAUACUACUGUUUAAAGUGCACAACACGCUACUCAUGCUCAUACCUGUUUGUGGCCGCAAAAGAGCUCUUAACCUAGCCACAUUCUCAGGAGAUGUCAUAUGUAGUUUGUAAUGUCAUUUGAUUUGACGACUGACGAGAAACUAAUUCUGACCAUUUGUCUUGAUUUUUACUUUUUCUGAAUGUUUAAAGAGGUUGAACAGUCCUGUCACGUGCGUCGUAUGUUUUGCCCACAGCAGACCAUUAACAUCCAGUAACUGUUGCAUGUCUCCAUAUGUGCUUUUUGAUUGAAAGUGAACUGAAUGAGAUGAACUCCUGUUUUAGCCUGCUACACAGUCCUAUCAGUAAUGUUUUAUUUAGAGA